GCAGAGCACUGUGCUAAGCGCUUGGGAAGUCCGACAGUGGGCUGGUCGGCCCUCAGCCUCCUCCUCUUCCUCCUCCUCCGCCGCCACGGCCCGGAUGCUGCGCUGGCUGCUCGGCGGAGGCCGCGAGCCCCAGGGAGCCGCUGAGAAAUCUCCAGUCCAGACAAUAGGUGAAGAGCAAACCCAGAACCCCUAUACUGAACUGCUCGUUUUGAAAGCUCACCAUGAUAUUGUUCGAUUUCUAGUGCAAUUAGAUGAUUACAGAUUUGCAUCUGCUGGAGAUGAUGGAAUUGUGUGUCUGUGGAAUGCUCAGACUGGCGAAAAGCUUUUUGAACUCCACGGCCACUCACAAAAAAUAACAGCUAUUACUACAUUUCCUUCCUUGGAUACUUGUGAAGAAAAAGGCCAAUUGAUCUUGACAGCUUCUGCAGAUAGGACUGUUAUUAUAUGGGAUUGUGACAGUGGGAAGCAAGUUCAGAGGGUAUCAUGCUUCCAUUCCACUGUUAAGUGUUUGACAGUCCUUCAAAGACUGGAUGUGUGGUUGUCCGGUGGAAGCGAUCUAUGUGUGUGGAACCGAGAAUUAGAUCUUCUGUGUAAGACCAGUCAUCUCUUUGAUACAGGGAUCAGCGCUUUGAUCGAAAUACCCAAAAACUGUGUGGCUGCAGCUGUUGGGAAAGAGCUGAUAAUUUUUAGGUUGAUAGCAUCCUCAGAAGGAUCUCUAGGUUGGGAUGUCCUUGAAGUGAAACGCAUCCUUAACCACCAAGACAAUAUUCUCUCAUUGGUUAAUGUCAAUGACUCAAGCUUUGCCACUGGCUCCCAUGUUGGGGAGCUGAUCAUCUGGGAUGCUUUGGACUGGACCAUGCAGGCCUACGAGCGCAGCUUCUGGGACCCCACGCAGCAGCUGGAUCCACAGCCCGAAAUCAAACUCUUUCAAAAGCCAAAUGAAAUUUCUAUUCGACAUUUUACAUUCGAUGAGGAGAAUGUGUUUGCUGCAGUUGGAAGGGGCUUAUACGUGUAUAACCUUCAAAUGAAGCGUGUGAUUGCCUACCAGAAAAUGGCGCACGACUCCAACGUCUUGCAUGUUGCAAAGCUUCCAAACAGGCAGUUUAUCUCCUGUUCAGAAGAUGGCAGUGUCCGCAUUUGGGAAUUACGAGAAAAAAAGCAGCUGGCAGCCGAGCCCAUGCCGACAGGUUUUUUCAACAUGUGGGGAUUUGGAAGGGUGAACAAAGCAGCCACACAGACUGUUAAAAAGCCUCAAGAAAAUGCUAUUUUGUGUUCCCUGGAACCGAUAGGUGAUCUAAUUGGACACUCAUCAUCUGUACAGAUGUUCUUGUACUUUGAAGACCAUGGACUAGUGACAUGCUCUGCUGAUCAGCUCAUUAUUUUGUGGAAGAAUGGAGAGAGGGAAGCCAGACUGCGCAGUUUAAGAUUAUUUCAGAAAUUAGAGGAGAAUGGUGAUUUGCAUUUUACUGUAUAGUUUUGAAGGGAGGGGGAGAUGUGUGCAUCCUAUUUUAAGGAUAGGUGUACUACCAAUCUUGCAGCUAUCUGAAAAAAAAAAAUCUUAAUAUAUGAACAUAAAACAUUUUGAA